GUAACUCAAAAUCAUUGCCCAAAACUUCAAAUGCGUUUCAGUUUCUAGUAGGGUUCCCAUGGAGAGAGGCAAGAGAAUUCAAGCCAUUAAUGGCGAAAUUCCGUUACCUGAAGCCAUCAUUCAACACAUACAAUCUUUCCUCGACGGAAAACAAGCUGCCCAAACGAGUGUUCUGUCCAAAUCAUGGUACAAUGCAUGGUUAACUCGCCCAAAUGUCGAUUUAGACGAGCGCAAUUUCCCGAUCAUCGACGCAAAAUCCCUAAUUCCAGACGAGUUCUUGAUUUUUGCGAAGAAGACUAUGGAAAGGUACCGAAAUUUUAAUUUGAAGAUUGAGAGUUUCAGGCUGUGGAUGCGAAGUACUAGACCAGGUUCAAUUUCUCUGGCUAAUGAGUUGAUAUUGGGAGCUUUGAAAAUGGAUGUUAAUGGUAUCGAUCUCGAAUUUGAUCCCCCGAACAUGAGUUUCGUUUUACCUGAUCAGGUGCUUGAAUUCCAAACCCUAAUCAGAUUAUCUGUGAUUGGUUGCAAGAUUGAUCCGCCGGUGGGUGGAAAAGUAAAUUGUUUGGGACUUAAAUCGCUUACUUUGAGCACAGUGCGUAUAGGAGACGAUUUAGUUUGGGAUAUAAUUUCGAGCUGCCCCUUGAUUGAGAACUUGGUAUUAUCCAUAUGUGAGGGCAUGGUUGAAGUUAGGAAACUUAAUUUUGUUAGAAAGGUCACCAAAAUGUUGACAUUGAGGAGUCCCUCGAUUGAGUUUGAUAAACGAAAUUCGGGUUCGGUUGUUGCUGCUCCGAUCAAGGUGUCUGAGUUUUAUAAAUUGAAGUGUUUAUUGUUGGAGAGGGUGACUAUUGAUAACUUGUUUUUUCGUGACUUUGCACAUAAAUUUCCUUGCUUGGAGGAUUUGAGCAUUCAGUAUUGCUAUGGCUACAAAGGAAUUCAAAUUUCAAGUCGAACGAUUAAGUGCAUAAGCAUGGGGCAGACGAGGAUGUUGAGGGGCAAGUUUGAUGUUCCCAAUAUUCGUAAGUUUAGCUUUUCAGGGUCAAGUAUACCUUCCCUGUCUUUUACAACAGCUUCAAGAGAUUGGGAGUCUGAUAUAUCAUUAUCGUGCUCACGCUAUCACCUUGGAGUUCCAUGGUUCCUUGAGCUGAAAAAAUUACUGUCAAAGUUGAGCCAGUCCAAAAUUUCUCUUAAUAUCUGGUUUCUCUUGGAGAAGCGCAUUGAUUGUAUGGGAGAUAAUCAAGGUUUACCUAUGCCUGUGGUGGAGAAUUUGAUAUUAUCAAUGAAUUCACGAUCCGCAGUCGGUUCUGCUCUUUUGGAUGGUUUAUUUUGGAGUUUUCAUCCUAAGGUCAUAACUCUAUCUUGGUUUCCUAGGUCACUUAAUGAACCGAACAACACUCUGAUAGAGCUUCUCUGCAAGAAACUGAUACUACAAGAAAGUGAAAGUAGCUGCAGUCAAAACCUAAGUGUGCUUGACUUGCAUGAUUUAGAGGAUGUAAAUGUGGAAAUUCGUGAAGAUUCUCGUUCAGAGUGGCGGCCUCUGCCCUGGAAGGCUUUGUUAGAUGCUUCAACAAGUCCAGAGAAGAAAAAGAAAGUUCGCUUCCUAUUGAAAUGGGUUUCGUCCGCCUGAUCAUCCUGAAGUUAGAUAAUUGAAAUGGGUUUCGUCCGCCUGAUCAUCCUGAAGUUAGAUAAUAUAAUGUUCUUGUAAUAUCUUUUUUUCUCCCUUCCUAAGAAGCUACACUAUGAGUUUCUGUUAGGAUCUUAAUUGUAUGGGAUAGAACUGAAAUGCUGUAACUAUGAAUUAUUGUUGUGUUGUAGAGUAUGUUAUCAAAUUUGUUUUCUCGUA